AGUCCCAGCUCCCUGGAUGGGCUGGCUCCCCCCUCGACUGCCAGCCCAAGGCAGGGCCUGAGGUCUGAGCUCUGCCCUGUCUGUACGAUGCCAAGAACGCAGCUCUGAGCUGACUGAGAGUAACACUCUCCUGGAGCAGAAAUCUGAUAUCCAACGCUCUUGGCCUCGAACAAGAUGGAGGAUGUAAAAUUUGACAGCACGGUGCGCCUGGCUGUGGACUACGUGGAGGGGAUUCUGCAGCCCACGCCCACCUGUGACACCUGGGAUCAGAUCUGGAACUUCCAAGCCAGGCCUGAUGAUCUGCUCAUUUCCACCUACCCGAAAGCAGGAACAACCUGGACGCAGGAGAUCGUGGACUUGAUACAAAACGAGGGUGAUAUUGACAGAAGCCAGCGGGCACCUACUCACAAGCGAUUCCCCUUCAUCGAGUGGAAAGUCCCGGGCAUGGAAUCUGGCUUGGAACAAGCUAAUGCAAUGCCCUCACCACGGAUCCUGAAGACGCACCUUCCCAUGCACUUGCUGCCACCAUCCUUCCUGGAGAAAAACUGUAAGAUAAUCUACGUAGCAAGAAACCCCAAGGACAGCAUGGUGUCUUAUUACCACUUCCAAAGGAUGAAUAAAGGGCUUCCUGCUCCAGGAACCUGGGAAGAGUACUUUGAGAGUUUUCUGGCUGGGAACGUGUGCUGGGGCUCUUGGUACGAGCACGUGAAGGGAUGGUGGGACGCCAAGGACCGGCACCGCGUCCUCUACCUCUUCUACGAGGACAUGAAGAGGAACCCAAAGCAUGAAAUUCAGAAGCUGGCAGAAUUUAUUGGAAAGAGCCUAGACGAUAAAGUUCUGGAUAAAAUUGUCCAUUACAGUUCAUUUGACGUCAUGAAGCAGAACCCAAUGGCAAACUACACGUCGAUUCCAGCUGAAUUCAUGAACCACUCUAUUUCUCCAUUCAUGAGAAAAGGGGCCGUGGGAGAUUGGAAGAAUCAUUUCACUGUGGCCCAGAACGAGAGAUUUGAUGAAGAUCACGAGAAGAAGAUGGCAGACACCACUCUAACCUCCCACUUCCGAUUCUCGUAAGGAAGAAAAAGAACCAGGGUCAUCGGUGUGGAAGCUGAUUACCCCGACCACGUGAUACUGGAUUCAGGUGGUCAGAC